UAUCACUUUGCUAACAGACACAUUGAAAGCAUGACACCUCCGGCUUCCAGCAGCUAAAUAAAUUACAUCCAUAAAACGGAGCAGUGCUUAUUUGUUUGUUGGCGGAAAGGUGUCUUGUGGGCUGGAUUCGAAGAGAGUGGAGGUGGACCCAAGAGCUGUAUGACUGGACAAUGAGUACUUCCAUACUGGAAGAAAAGUUCUUCAAACGAUCCCAGCAAAAGAAGAAAACAUCGCCACUGAACUAUAAGGAAAGGCUGUUUGUUCUGACAGCUGACAAGAUCUCCUAUUAUGACUAUGAGAAAGGGAAAAGGAAAGGUCUGAAGGGGUCAGUGGAUAUUGACAAAAUCAAAUGUGUAGAAACCGUGGUGCCAGAGGAGAACUGCUCCUCUGACAAAAUGUUUCCUUUCCAGGUUGUCUAUGAUGAAGGCCCACUCUAUAUUUUUGCCAAAACGGAUGAUAUUCGAAAGCAAUGGAUCCAUACGUUGAAACAUGUUGUGAGACACAAUAAAGACCUGGCUCAGAAAUUUCACCCAUGCUUCUGGGUAGAUGGCCAGUGGCUGUGCUGUCAUCAAGAAAUAAAACAAGCCAUUGGGUGCAGAGUGAUUGAGGCCAAAACCGAAUUCUCAGUAUAUCGUCGGAAAUCAAGGAAGCCUCUACCCCCAACUCCAAAGGAAGAUGAGGCAUGCGUCAGACAGGAGAAGGCAUCAAGGCCCAUCCCUCCACAGCCCACCCCCUCUCCUGCACCGCCCCCCUCUUCGGAAAAGAAGGUGACAGCGAUGUACGAUUAUACUCCCAUGAACCCACAGGACUUGCCGCUGACCAACGGGGAGGAGUACACCAUACUGGAAAUGACCGACACUAACUGGUGGAAGGCCAGAGACAGACACGGGCAAGAAGGUUACAUACCUACUAACUAUGUGGUAGAAGCUGGAAAUCAGCUUGAAAAGUAUGAAUGGUUUUGCAAAAACAUGAACAGGAGUCAGGCAGAAAACCUUCUGAAAAAAGAGAACAAAGAAGGUGCAUAUUUAGUCCGAGAUUCCAGUAAAGCUGGGAAAUACAUUGUCUCUGUGUUCAGUAAAGCUACUGGGGAGGCUAGGGGGAAUUGCAAACAUUAUAACAUUUGCACCACGCAUGACGGACAGUUUUACGUGGCAGAGAAGCACUGCUUUGGUACCAUCCCCGAACUGAUCCACUACCAUCAACACAACUGCGCAGGGAUGGUAAGCAGACUGAGGCAUGUUGCAGCACUUGAAGAGCGCCAUGCGCCCUCUACAGCUGGAUUAGGACAUGGGGUAUGGGAGAUUGACCCACGUGAUCUCACCUUCUUAAGAGAGCUCGGCAACGGGCAGUUUGGAGUGGUGAAGCAUGGGAAGUGGCAAGACAAGCUUGACGUGGCCAUCAAGAUGAUCAAAGAAGGCUCCAUGUCAGAGGAUGAUUUCAUUGAGGAAGCUAAGGUCAUGAUGAAGCUCUGUCACCCCCAUCUGGUCCAGCUGUACGGUGUUUGCACGAAGCAGAGGCCCAUCUACAUUGUGACUGAGUUCCUCUCAAACGGAUGCCUGCUCUCCUACCUGAAGGAGACCCUCAAGCGUCCUCAACCCAUACAACUGCUGGAGAUGUGCAAGGACGUCAGCGAGGGGAUGGCCUACCUCGAGUCCCAGCAGUACAUACACAGGGACCUGGCUGCCAGAAACUGCUUGGUGGAUGACAAUGGGACUGUCAAGGUGACUGACUUUGGUCUGUCCAGGUAUGUCCUGGAUGACGAGUACACCAGCUCGGCUGGGACAAAGUUUCCUAUCCGCUGGUCACCUCCUGAGGUCCUUCUCUACUGCAAAUUCAGCAGCAAAUCGGACAUCUGGGCUUAUGGGGUCCUGAUGUGGGAGAUCUACAGCCUGGGGAAGAUGCCCUUCGAGCGCUUCAACAACACAGAAAUCAUUGAUAAACUCCUAUCUGGCUAUCGCCUGUACCGCCCCCAGCAGGCCAAUGAGAGGGUCUACAGAAUCAUGCAAGACUGCUGGCAUGAGAAAGCUGAGGAUAGGCCUACCUUCGAGGUGCUUGUCUCCUACAUCCAGGAUCUCCUGUAUGAGCUCCAGGAGGAGUGAAUUCUGGGAUCCAGACCAGCUGCCAUUUUCCUGAGACACUUUAAGACACUUCCACAGUACUGUGCAGUACUCCACGGAAUAUAUGUGAAUAAAAUAUCUUUUUUUUUUUUUUUUUUUUUUUUUUUUUGAGACAUUUUUUAAGUGUUAGAAAAUACUACGUGUUUAUUUAAAAUAAGAACCUCAAAAGUUUCAAGAAUUUCUGGUCUAGCUGCUACACCAUUAGUCUCAGUUGAUGUAGGAAACACUGCAUUUGUUCAAAGUGUUAUAUCUAAGUGAUGUAGGUCUGCUUCGUGCAUCCACUAGGGACAGAUUAGUGGUUACACUGGUGUAUCAGCUGAACUUUCAAAACCCCAAACAAGAAGCUUUUCAAUGUUGCUGUACAUCUUUCUAUAAGAUAGUUUGUUUUAUAAUAUUGUAGCUGUGUGAUACCCAGGACUAUAGAAAGGUGUUUUUUUUUAUCUGAUCCAAGGUGAUUUCUAGAACAUGCGGUCUAAACUGCAUCCUGAUAACCUUAAAUUAAUUUAGCUUCAGUACCAGUUAUUUUUAUAGAUGUUAUAUGCACCAAACCUGUAUUUUAAAACAACUACAAAGAUCAAAUAGUCUACAUGAGGAAGUAACAAAUAAUAAGGUCAUUACAAAAGAAAAAAAGAAUAUCAAAAAAUUCUGUUUGCUUAAAAAAAAAAAAGUUUUUAUCUUUUUACCUUUGCUUUGUUUGCCUUGGAUACCAUCUCUUCAGUUAUUUAUUUUACUUGAUGCCAUCUCUAUGCCAGAAUAUUACAAUUGUCUAAUUUGUUUGCUGCCUGGUUAUUUUACGUGACAUUUCUUACCUGUUUAAUAUCUUAUUACAUGUGUUUUGUAUAAUACUUUAUUACUGUGUCUGCAAAGAUCCUUUCAAUCAUUAAAUAAUAUCCUUGUUUGUUGCACAGCCCUUGUGCUCAUGUAUAAAACCACAACAGCUUUUUUUAGAAGCAGCCCCUAAACAGAGA